GUGCCGUGCCGUGCCGUGCCGUGCCGUGCCGUGUCGUGUCGUGUGCCGGGCUGUGCCGUGCCGGGCUGUGCGGCGCGCAGGCCGGGCCCCGCUCCUCCGCCGCGGCCCAGCCUCCCACCUGGCGCCAGGUGCCCGCCCGCCAUCUUCCCCCGGCUCCCUCCGCCCCCGGCGGCCCGGGGCUGCCCGGCGGCGCCCCGCGGGAGCCGAGCUCAGCUCAGCUCAGCUCAGCUCAGCUCAGCCCAGCUCGCCAGGGCGGGGCUUGUUUCUCCUCCCCGAUCCUCACGGAGAGGCCCUGACGUGUUGCCAUGGCCGAGGGACCCGCGGCGGCGUGCUUCAGCGAGGAUGAUUUUUACUGUCCCGUCUGCCAGGAGGUCUUCAAAACGCCCGUGAGGACUGCGAACUGCCAGCACGUGUUUUGCAGGAAGUGCUUCUUGACAGCUAUCAGAGAAAGUGGAACACAUUGUCCUCUCUGCCGAGGGAGCGUGACUAAAAAAGAAAGAACAUAUCCCAAAAGGGCUCUAGAUGUUGAAAACAGUAUGAAGAAAGCUUCUGGGGGCUGUAGAUGCUGUGAGAAGCAGGUUAGAUUUUCGUGGAUGAGACAGCAUUAUAAAACGUGUAAGAAGUAUCAGGAUGAAUAUGGUGUUUCUUCUAUUAUUCCAAACUUACAGAUUUCCCAAGAUUCAACAGGGAACAGUAGCAGGAGUGAUGCAAUAGCUGAUAAUGGCGAGAUGGCUAAUAAUCAAAUACUUCAAGGAGAAACAAGUGGACACCCAACCUUCAAAUGCCCCUUGUGUCAGGAAGCGAAUUUUACCAGACAACGCUUGCUGGAUCACUGUAAUAAUAGACAUCUUUAUCAGAUAGUUCCUGUAAUCUGUCCUAUUUGUGUAUCUCUUCCUUGGGCAGAUACUAACCCGGUUACUAGAAGUCUUGUUAGCCAUCUAAAUCUAAGACACCAGUUUGACUACGGAGAAUUUGUGAAUCUUCAGCUCGAUGAAGAAGCCCAGUACCAAAAUGCAGUUCAAGAAUCCUGUCAUGUGAACUUUUAAAGUAUAUCCCCCUUCAUCUUACUCAUUAUCUGAGAGAAAAAUUACAUUAAUUCUGUUGGCGAUCUGAAGUGUAUAUUGGUAAAAAUGGUAUUCAGUAACCACUUUUCAGGCUUAACUUUUUUCCAUGCUCAUAAGGACUUUUCAUAAACGAUUUUGCUGAAACUCAAACUUGACAUCUUUACUGAGAUCUUGUCCCUAUGGAAGUAGGGGCCUUUUUGAAACUUCUCACUGCUGUCUUGAUUUUUCUCUAACUUUUACUACUCUGUUAAUUACAGCAUUUCUUUUAUUAAUGUCAGCUAUUUUAUUUCACCAAAACCAACUUUGAAAGUAUCUUUAGAAAGACAUGCAAAGAUGCUGUGUUGCACUGUUGAGAUUCUUUAAGUUCAGCUGUCAUCUGCUAAGAUACCGCUGAGAUGAUAAUUUUUGUCUCUCCUCCUGCCCAAGGACAAAGUUUUAUUUGAUGUUGUGAUUUGUUUUUUACCAUUACUAUGUGAAUGAAAAUAACAACUUAAGAAAUAAAAAUAUUUGUUUUCUGUAGAUUAACAAUGCAGAGCAGGUUUUCUUUUUACCUUUCAUUGAGAAAGAAUGAUGCCAUUGCCUAGGAAUAAUUACAUCUAUUUUUUCCCCUUUUGGAGCAUAACUGAAAUAGGACACUUGCUUACUAAAGUGAUGAGUGAGGAGUUUUCCCUGUACUCCCAACUGCUAAAGAAGAUGACAUACUUUCUGAACAAUCCAAGAUGACAUGCAAAAGGUAUUCUUUUUCAGUAUGUGACUGUGACCGUGACCAGCUAUUUUUUCAUUUUGUUGGAGAUUUUUUAGAACUUCUGUUGUUGCAUUUGGACUUCAAGUUUUGGUCUGUCCUGCCUUUCAUGAAAGGCUGUGUAACUAGAGAACUACUUGGCUUCAGACUUACCAACAGUCAGAAAUUAAUUUGUUUAUUUUGGUAAGACUGUUUAAAACUUGGACAUCUCCUGCAUCCAAAGGCUUGAAAAAACAGUUGAGAAGAAAAACUUGCUCUAGAAUAGUUGCCAACAUAUUUUAAGAGUUCCUAUUGCAGAUUUCCACAUUCCUAGCAAGACUGUCAUUAAAAUCAGAGAAAACAAAGCAAUAAUGCAAUUUUGAUUUUAAAUGGAAAAUCCAUUUAUAAAAGAACUUUAAAGUCUUUUAUAUAAUACUGAUGGGGAGAAGGGAAAAAAAAGCUGCACCGCUUAUAUUUUGGAGGUUUAAAUAGAGACUGUUCAGAAUGUAUGCUUUUUAGGACUGACUCUUCAUCCUGUGUUGCCAUUGCCCAUUGUUAUACUAUUGUUCUUAAUGGGUAAUGUCUAUGUGGUGGAAGACAUCCACAGUAGUUUUCCUAGUUGGUGAUUUAUGUGUAAUAAUAAGAGUUGUGCAGCUGGUGUACAAUCUGUUUCUUGUGCCCUGGCUCCCACUUGCUCUCCAAAUACAGGUUUUGAUCAUUCUUUAAAUACUUGCUAUUUCUUAUUCCAAAACUGGUAAGGUUGAAAUGCCUCGUUCUGCAACGUAAUGGGUUUCAGUUCUGAAUCUUAGUUCUAAUAUGUUGACUGUUGAACUAAAACACUAUGCGCUGUAACUCGGUGUUUCUAUCUUCUAUUUUUUAAGAGUGUAAAGCAUUACUGAAGGAAUAGCUGGCUACAAGACAGAGAAAGUUGGCUAUUUCAGAAACAUCUAAAGGUUAUAUCCUUUUUAUAACAAUUUAACAUGUCUUGCAUUUUGUUACUGGCUUAAUACAACAUUUUGACAGCAGGCCAUGCUUUGAUCUUGUACUCCAACUUCCCUGUUUGCCCCCUGUACUCAUGCUUGUGUAUUUUCACUCACCUGUCAGCUCUAGUGCUUUUGUGAUCAUAUACUGAUUUGGAGUGGUUCACUGGUCCAACUGAAAAGGUUGUUCGGAUUUUUACUUUCCCUUUUGCUCUAUAACACCAACUAUGAAAUAGUGCCCUUAGACAGAAAGUAAUUUAAAAGUAGCCUGAUGCUAAAGUUUUAGCUUUUUAAAAUAAAAACGCAUACCAUGGUGAUUAUAUUACUGCAUACUUUUCCGAAGGAAUUUAGUAGUUACAUAUAAGUUUAGUUAACUUUUUUAGAUUCAAUAAAAUAUUUAUAUGAUCUGGCAAUAAAUGCCUACAGCCAAUACAGAUUCAGAAUGCCUCAUGGACACUGGAACUAGUUAUUUCUAUUACUUGAACAUACCUUGAGCAUUUCAAAUGAAACUACAUCUAUUUUAAAACUCUGGGGAACAAAUUUUUCUAUAGCAAUAAUUAGUUGUCACUUGAUGCAUAGUUGCUGAGCAUUUUAGUCAUGUUUAAAUGUUGAGUGACUUGAAUACACAUUUUAAAGCAACGAAUGUGUAUACAUGCAAUAUUAAAAAAACCUUGCAAAACGUUUAUCCUCUUUAUUUGUAUACGUUAAAAUCUGUAUUGGCAGGUGCUGCCUUGCUUAAGAUUUUAUACUUUUAAUAUGAAGAAAUUGCAUCCAAUACAUUCACUAGGUAAGCGUUUAAUGAAAAUUCAACAAUCUAUUUAAGUAUGCUGUUGCUGGUCAUGAUCUUUCUCACUGAAACUCAGACAUGCACAAAAAGCUGUGUAUUUGUGAUGGGUGAUGCUUGUACUCAAAACAUGCAAUCUUUACUAGAAGAUUGCUGUUUAACAGUGUUUUCAUGUUCAUGUUGCAUUGUGUAUGGUUUCAAUAUGGUAUAUUAUGUUUGAAUUGUACUUUCUAUUUUUUCUCCUAUUAAAGUAUUUUAUUUUC